GACAGUCGUGUGACCGUUUAAUUGCCUAACUUCUCCUAAAAGUACUCAAGUCGAGAGCUAACCACGUUUCAUAUGUUAUCUUGACACUAAUACAAUCCCACACGAAAAACAGCACGCGCGGCCUGUGAAAACCGCGUGUUCAUCCCCCCCGAAGAAGAGAUAGAAGAAAGAGGAGGAGGAGAAGAAGAAGAAGUUGCCUCAUCAGGUGGGUGUCGCCCUUCAGGCUGAGCCUUACGUGUCGAGCUGAACCAGAAGUGAGCCUCUUCUUCUCUCGGUGGACACAUCUCCACCGAGCGGGUCGUUUCCGUUACUCAGCGACCGCAUGCGCGAGGAGUCGCUACUUUUGUAUCACUUUGCCUUCUUUUGAUCUCGCGCGGCUUUUUUUCUUUUCUUUCUUUCUUGUUUUUGUUGGUGUGUGUGUUUGUGUGUUGCUUUCUUUCUUGCACACGCUCUCUCCCCCCCUCCUCCUCCUCCCCCUCCCCCUCCGAUGACUUCCUCUAUCUCAGACUGGAUUUGGAGUGAGAGAUUUUGGCUUCCCGAAAAUGUUACCUGGGCGGACCUGGAGCGACCCCCACCUGGCGUGGAGUACCCCCGGAUCAGACACCUCCUGUACGCCCUGCCGCUGGCCGUGCUGUUGUCCCUGCUGCGGCUGCUGUUUGAAAGGCUGGUGGCCAAGCCCUGUGCCCGCAUACUUCAGAUCCAGGCGGGAGCGCCUCGCCAAGCUCAGCCCAAUGCGGUCCUGGAGAGAGUGCACCAGUCCAAAACGAGUCCAGACACGAGGCAACUGGAGGGCCUUUCCAAGCAGCUGGACUGGGACGAGCGUAAAAUCCAGAGGUGGCUUCGGGUCCGUCGGAACCAGGACAGGCCCGCCGUGCAGAAGAAGUUCUGCGAGAGCAUGUGGAGGUUGACCUUCUACUUCGGGAUCUUAGUCUACGCCGUCAGACACCUGUGGUCGUCGCCGUGGACGUGGGACACCAGGCAGUGUUGGUUCAACUACCCUUUCCAGCAUCAGAGCUCUGAGCAGUUCAUCCACUACGCGGCCGAGCUCUCCUUCUACUGGUCUCUGAUGUUCUCCCAGUUCAUCGACGUGAAGCGCAAGGACUUCAUCCUCAUGCUCGUCCAUCACCUGGCCACCAUCUUCCUCAUCACCGUGUCCUACGCCAACAACAUGCUGCGGGUGGGCACGCUGGUCAUGUGCGUGCACGACGCGUCCGACAUCUUCCUCGAGGCCGCCAAGCUGGCAAACUACGCCAAGUGCCAGCGUCUGUGCGACGGCCUGUUCGUGGUGUUCAGCGUGACCUUCUUCAUCACGCGGCUCGUCAUCUACCCGUUCUGGGUCGUUCACAGCGUUCUGAUCGAGAGCUGGGAGAUCGUCGGGCCGUACGGGUCCUGGUGGCUGCUCAACGGGCUGCUGCUGGUGCUGCAGGUCCUGCACGUCAUCUGGUUCUACCUCAUCGCUCGCAUCGCCAUCAAAGCCGUGUUCAAGGGGAAGGUGGCGAAAGACGACCGCAGCGACAUCGAGAGCAGCUCGGACGAGGAGAUUUAUUCCGGCUCCGGUCCGAGUCUCAAGCCGAAGGACGCGGGUCACACCGGGACCCUGAACGGAGACGCUCACGACCACUGAGCCCCGUGGGGGGGCAACGUGCACCUCCAAGUGUGGUUUUUAUUCACCUGCGUGACCCACCUUGUGAUUUUGAUCUCCUGGUAAAGACUGCCCCCCCCUCCCCCCCUUCCAAAAAAAGUAAAGACCCAGAAAGAGGUUGAAUCGAAGCGUGGCGUUGGAUUUAGGGGGCGGAGCCUCUGUGGAAUAAAGACAUUCUCACCGAGGCGGGUUUACACUGAGGUUUAUACCUGACUUCUGCUUGCAGGAGUAGACGGAGAUGUGUGAGUGUGUGUGUGUGUGCGUGUGCAUGUGUGUUAGAAGUUAGAAAUUGAAACGGAGCAUGACAACACAGCUAUUGUCCAAAAAAACCUAAGCAUUUUCUACAUGUAAAUACAUUUUAUUUGUGAAAUUGGUAAUAUAUUUACAGCGGUUUAAACAAAUCACUGCGAUCAGCCUUAACAUCUCUUACGAUGCCAAAGAUUUCUUCAUAAAACAAUAUUUGUACCAAAUUCAGCAAUGAAUUGUGAAGGAUUUAUUUUUAUUUUAAAUCAUCGGUUAAUCUGCCUUUAAUUUCUGGUUUUCAUCUGGAAAAUAAAGCGAAAAGUUUCGAACUUCAGAUUAACAAAAAAAAUGUCCAACGAUUGAAACUAUAUUUUUGACUUGAUGUCAAGAAAAGCAAAAGGAAACUUCGAAUUUGUCAUUUUUGCCCGAAAAGAGGACUUCAAAUAAGUAUUUUGAUGAUUUAAUUGUUAUUUCUUUUCUUCUGUUUUAUGUAAAUUUCAUCUUUAAACCCGUGAAAUAAACUCUGCACGUGAGCAGCCUGAGACCAAAACUU